GCCACAGGCGAGGGGACGGUGACAGUCCCGGGUUCCGCGGAGCACUCGCUCUCUCAGCGAUCGCUUACCUGCUACGCACCCGCCGGCCCGGCAGCGAUGAAGGCCGCCCGCAUCGCCCUCCGCAGCGCCGCCCCGCUGGCAGGGGCCAGCGCAGGCAGCAGCAGCGGCCGGCUGCCACAGGAGGUGGAGCAGUUUUCCCGCUUCUCCCCCUCCCCGCUCUCCAUCAAGCAGUUGUUGGACUUCGGCUCGACUAAUGGAUGUGAGAGAACUUCUUUUGCAUUUUUGCGACAGGAACUUCCUGUGAGGUUUGCAAACAUCUUGAAAGAAAUUGAUCUUCUUCCUGAUAAAUUACUAAGCACUCCAUCAGUAAAAUUAGUAAGAAGCUGGUACAUCCAAAGUCUAAAGGAGUUGAUUGAAUUCCAUCAGAAAAGCCCAGAUGACCAAAAAGUCUUAUCUGACUUUAUAGAUACUCUAAUUAGAGUCCGAAACAGACAUCAUGAUGUGGUUCCUACAAUGGCACAAGGAGUAAUUGAAUACAAAGACACUUUUAAAGUGGAUCCUGUCACCAAUCAAAACAUCCAGUAUUUUUUGGAUCGUUUUUACAUGAGCCGUAUUUCCACCCGGAUGCUAAUGAACCAACACACUCUUCUUUUUGAUGAUAAGUCUGGCUCGGGGCACCCAAGGCACAUUGGAAGUAUUGAUCCUUGCUGUGACGUUGUUGAAGUAGUGAAUGAUGCUUAUGAAAGUGCCAAGUUGUUGUGUGACCAGUAUUACUUGACAUCUCCUGAACUGAAGCUUACUCAAGUGAAUGGAAAAGCUCCAGGAGAACCAAUUAGCAUUGUAUAUGUUCCAUCUCAUCUUUUUCACAUGCUUUUUGAGCUCUUUAAGAAUUCAAUGAGAGCAACUGUUGAAUUCCAAGAAAACAGUCCUACCCUUUCUCCAGUUGAAGUGAUAGUUGUUCUCGGGAAAGAAGACCUGGCAAUCAAGAUCUCAGACCGGGGAGGUGGUGUUCCCGUGAGGAAAAUUGAGCGGCUGUUUAGCUACAUGUAUUCCACUGCACCAAGGCCAAACGUGGAUGAUUCUCGAAAUACCCCUCUUGCUGGCUUUGGGUAUGGCUUGCCAAUUUCUCGUCUGUAUGCUAAGUACUUUCAAGGAGAUCUAAAUCUUUACUCCAUAUGUGGUUAUGGAACAGACGCUAUCAUCUACUUGAAGGCCUUAUCAACAGAAUCAAUAGAAAAACUCCCAGUUUUUAACAAAUCAGCUUCCAAGCAUUACCAGGCUACCUCAGAGGCAGAUGACUGGUGUGUCCCAAGUAAAGGCCCUAAGAAUAUGGCAAAGCAGAGUGCAGCUUCCUGAAGAGAAGCUGAUAUCGAGACAUCCCAGGGGAUCAAGCUGGCUUCAAGAGCUGCAUUUGGAAGUAUUCAUCUACCUUCAAACAAGCAAGUUUCAGGACUAGCAGAAGAAAAAGAAGAUAAGGAGUAUCAUAAACAUAGGCUAUAUGCACUGAAUCUGAAGUGAAUAUCCACUGAAUCCUGGCUGUGGACUUCAGGAUGAGGAAAAUAGGAGCACAUAUGUCUUUAAAGAAGAGCUGUGUAUAGAGAAAAAUCAAGCUAUUUUUUUACUAUGAUCAAAGACUUGGUGUGGUAGGGGUGUGCAAUUUUUAAAUCCUGUUUAAUGCUUGAAUUCUUAAUACUGACUGAUAAACGAGUUAUGCUGAUGCAUAUUUUUCUGUUAGAAUAGUUAUCAGCAGUUUAUCUUAUUACAGAACUUCUCAGGUAGAUAAUUAGCAUCCAUACUUUAAAGUUGUAUUUAUAAUAUUUGGAAAAGAUAUACUUAACAUGGCAAUCUUGUAGCAAGAUACAAACAGCAUUCAAGUACAGCCUGACUGGAAGGGGGGGAGUCUGGGAGGUAGGGAGAAAGUGUUUGCCAUAUAUAAGAAAGUCCCAUUUAAAAAAAAAAAAAGCUAUUCCAGGAAUAAUUCUUAAGUGAUCUUCAUCAUAAGUGAUGCCUUGCUCUGUGAGUCACAGUGCUAGAUAUAUUUUGUUAAACUGUUCAUGGGAAAUCAGCCAAGUAGGGCUUCUAUGCAUAAGGUAAUGAAGAAGAAAAUCAGGAUAUUUUUAAGAGCUACUGGAAAGAAAUGGAAGGCUACUUGGUUGUAAUAGCUUUAAUGUUCGGUACAUCUGGCCUUUGUCCCUGUAUUCUGGAGAUUGUGUGCCAAGUCAGUUAGGAUUUUCCAAGAACUGAAGUCAGACAUUGCAAGUUGAACAGAAGGGUUUUGGUGAUAUGUAUUGUAUAAGCAUGUUGUGAAGAACAGCAUAUUUAAAACACAGUCCUGUGAUUUGUUUCUGUUGUGCUGUUAGAUUAGUGGCUCAAUGCACUAAACCAAAAUUGUCUUUUUCAGAUUGUCAAAUUGUCAAUUUCAAACUGUCACAAUGCCAUUUCAAAUUGUCAAACUUGCAAAUUGUCUUUUUCAAAUUUGUGUUGGACCACAUCAGCUCAAAGAUGUACAUAGGGAAUCUGUACCCUGAAAGCUGUUUCAAAAUGUAAACAGCACUGAAAACUACUGGAAAGCUUUUAUGAAGAGCAAAAUAGGGGGAAAUCCCACAGGAAAAAUGCCAGUGGGAGGGAGUUGUUCAGAAAAUGUUCCAUUCUCAAUAAGCUUCUUCCUUGCCCAUCUUUGUGUGUUUUCACUUUUGUAAGCAAGGUAGACUUUAACAGAUGCUAAAUUGUUGGAUGUUGCCAAGCUGGCCAGUCAAAAGUUCAUCAGGGCUGUAGAAUAUUACUUGAAUUUUUUUUUUUACUAAUUAUCAUAUUAUCUUCUGUUUAUAUGAUCCUUUGCAAAAAGUUACAAAUACAGUAAAACAUCCUGCUCAGUAUGACAGUUUUCUAUUAGAGAUUUCUAUUUGUAGGGCAGAAAAUGACUCCAUAUUCCACUGUGAAUCUAAAAUGGUUUUUAAUAGGAAACUACCUUUGCAUUCUUGAAGUCCUGUUGAGAUAUAUUUCUCAUUGAAAAUAAAAUAUAUUUUGAUAUGCCUCAUUUAUUUUAAAAACUAAUUUUAGAUGUAUUAAUGAUAACUGCUGAGCAUGAUGAUCUUAGUACUGCAUCUAGGCUGUUUUUAUCCUGGUGAAUAAGCUCCAGUCACCAAAAGUCACCACCAGAUCAUGCAUCUGAGCUCAGCUCAGUGAAUGAUAUGGCUAUUAAAAAGGAAAUACCUUUGUACAGAAUAUACAGGUAUAAAAAGGCUGCUUUCACCAUCAUAAAGUGAUUAUUUGUUGAUUUUUGAAUGGAAUACAAGGUUACAAACACAUACCAAAAUAGUCAUUGUUGUCAAGUACACACAAUUUAUACCUUUCUGUCUGCAUCCAGUAAUGCUUGAACCUGAGUUAUCAUCUGAUGGUACACUUGUAACACAGCUGCAUUACUAACUUCAGUUAGUAAUUUCUGUUUCAAAGCAGCUGAGGCACAUAUGUGCUGCAAAAAUGUUUGUGAUGCUGCUUGCAGAGCAGAGCUGUGGAACAUUCAUGAUGCAGGCAGAGGUUGUGAAGCACUUAAGGAGCACACAUGAAAUCUGUGUGGUAUCUAGGCUAUCUACCUAGAUAAGACAGCACCUUUUCCAGCAUUCACUGACUUUUUAUUCUGAAAGCAGAGCUGUAAUUUUAAGUCUUUAACUUGGAUGUAGAUGUUGAAAUAGUUUUAUAAUAAAAUGUUUUAAAUGCU